AUGGCCGAAUCAACGCCAGACAAGAACGACCAAGUAUUGGAGCAUGAAAGCGAGAAUGAUAAUCCAGCAGGUGUUUCUGUUUCAGCAAAGCCAGAUAUACCGGAAGGCGGCUCAAAGGGAUGGCUCGCGGUAUUGGCCUGCUGGUGCAUCAUGUUCAACACAUUUGGAUACAUUAAUGCCUUUGGGGCUUGUAUCUGGGCCCCUGAUGGAUCGCUAUGGGCCGAAGCUCAGGGGAUUCUAGGCGGUCUUACCAAUGGUCUUACGUAUACCCCAGCUUUGACUGCGGUAGGACAUUACUUUUCCAAGAAACGACCUCUUGCCAUGGGCAUUGCGUCAAGUGGUGCUUCUCUCUCUGGUGUUAUACUUCCUACCGUGCUGAACCGAUUGCUAAACCGAACAUCACUCGGGUUUGGGUGGUCCGUUCGAGUGCUUGGCUUUGUGAUGCUAGUCCUCAGCAUUGUAGCCUGUCUGUCUGUUACCUCGAACGCGCCAAAGAGACGCAGUGGACCGCCUCUCUUGCUGGAAGCCUGGAAAAAUCCAGCAUAUUCGUUUCAGGUGGCCGGGACUUUCCUAGUCAUGUGGGCUGUCUUCGUUCCAUUUUUCUAUCUGCCAGGAUAUGCGGAGUCAAUAGGGUUGAGUGUGGACUUGUCCUAUUAUCUCCUCGCAAUUCUUAAUGCAGUAUCUUUGUUCGGAAGACUCUUUGGCGGUGCAGCUGCUGAUCGACUGGGUAGAAUCAAUACCCUGUCAGUGUCCUGUGCAGUAUGCGGCAUCUUGAUUCUUUGCUGGUUGUCCAUUCGGUCCCACGGAGGCAUUAUUGCAUUUGCUGCUUUAUUCGGGUUCUUUUCGGGAAUAGUGAUUGCUGUCUUCCCCGCAACCAUUGCCAUGACUGCGCCGCAAUCGAAUCAGAUUGGUUCAUAUUUGGGUAUGGCGUUGGGUGUCUACGGCAUAGCAGGGCUGACUGGAACUCCCAUAACUGGCGCGAUGGUCAGCGAUUAUGGCACAUAUCAGCCAGCCAUCACCUUUGCAGGUUUGCCCUUUGAAGACAAGGACGCGAAUGAGUUGUCCAAAACUUCACCUCCUGACACAGUUAUCCUUGUGAACUGGAGAAGAGCCCCCUAUCAUUGCGCCGGCGCUCCAGCAAUCCACGAGCCUGUUUCUUCCACCAUCAUAGCCAUACCUCUGAUCCUGCGACCGCCCUCGUUCGCGCCGGUCGUCAUUGACUUUGCACCUACUUCUUUUGAUCUUUUGAAAUCGCGUUCUCUAAUUCUUGUCGGAGGUUUUGGCACCCGCCUACGACCCCUCACUCUCACACUGCCGAAGCCUCUUGUCGAGUUUGCAAACCGUCCUAUGAUCCUACAUCAGGUUGAGAGCUUGGCUGCUGCGGGCGUCACCGACAUUGUGCUGGCUGUCAACUAUCGCCCUGAUGUCAUGGUUGCAGCAUUGAAGAAGUACGAAGAACAAUAUAAUGUCAAAAUUGAAUUCUCCGUCGAGUCCGAGCCUCUUGGUACCGCGGGUCCCCUGAAAUUGGCAGAGAAAAUCCUCGGAAAGGAUGACACGCCAUUCUUUGUCCUCAAUUCCGACGUCAUCUGCGAAUACCCUUUCAAACAGUUGGCCGAUUUCCAUAAAGCUCACGGUGACGAGGGAACAAUUGUGGUCACCAAGGUCGAUGAGCCCUCCAAAUACGGUGUCGUUGUCCAUAAGCCCAAUCACCCCUCUCGAAUCGACCGUUUCGUGGAGAAGCCCGUCGAGUUUGUGGGAAACCGCAUCAAUGCCGGUAUCUAUAUCCUCAACCCAAGCGUUCUAAAGCGCAUCGAGUUGCGUCCAACGUCUAUCGAGCAGGAGACUUUCCCCGCGAUUGUCAAGGAGGGGCAACUGCACUCUUUCGAUCUUGAAGGCUUCUGGAUGGAUGUCGGUCAACCCAAGGAUUUCUUGAGCGGCACUUGCCUCUAUCUCACGUCGCUUGCCAAGCGAAACUCUAAGCUUCUCUCGCCCUCCUCAGAGCCCUUCGUGCAUGGAGGCAAUGUGAUGGUGGACCCUACUGCCAAGAUCGGCAAGAAUUGUCGCAUUGGGCCCAAUGUAGUAAUUGGACCUAAUGUUGUUGUUGGUGAUGGAGUGCGUCUCCAGCGCUGCGUCCUUCUUGAGAACACCAAAGUCAAAGAUCACGCCUGGGUUAAGUCAACGAUUGUCGGGUGGAAUAGCUCGGUUGGCAAGUGGGCUCGCCUGGAGAAUGUCACUGUACUCGGUGACGAUGUCACAAUUGCCGACGAGGUUUAUGUCAAUGGAGGUUCCAUCCUACCUCACAAGAGCAUUAAGCAGAACAUUGAUGUACCCGCUAUUAUCAUGUGA